AUGAUAACAGUCAAGAAGAAUCCAAGGAGAAUAUUAGAAACCAGGACUUGAGCAAUUCAAGAGCAAAUUUAUUUGAAAUUUAAAAGUAUUCAUGAAGGAGGAGAAUUGGAAGCCAAAGAAGAAAGUAAAUUAAAUAGAAGAUCAGCAGAUCAACUCAAAUCUAUUGAUCAGAAUAAAUUGAGAUUCUUUUCUCUUCAUCAACAAGCUGAUAAUUUGAACCGUGAUAGAGAAAGAGGAAGAAAUAUUUAACAAAAAUAAUAAAAAUCAAUCAAAAUGGGUUACUUUGUUCACAAAAUACAAAGAACUAGAUAAUGAAUUAGGAAAAUUUGAAGAUUCUCUUGACUGCCUAAAAAUUUCUUACAUGAUAAAAAUCCUAAACUGCCAAGUCAACUACCUGCUCUUACAAGACCCUGACUAUUGCGCUUCUUUAAAACAAAACCCUCAACUUGCAAUAAACUUCGACGAAAUCUACUCCUCCAAAUCCGAAGACCCUCCUCCUCCCAAAGUGUCUCCCCUUCCCUUUCCAUCCAGACCACCCCAAGACCUAUCCCAGCAAUACCUAUCAGCUAGAAUGCUUGCUUACCGCACAAAGACCAAAACUCCAAAAAAGCCGCCUGAACAGACCAAUCUGCCUUAAGUUAUAGCUCAAUAUCCAAACUUA